AAAUAAUGUCUCGUUUGGCGAUUUUCGUCCUUUGCUUUACCAUUGUAAAUUGUGCUGAAGAUGUUGGUUGGUUUUGGCAUGUAACAGAUUUUCAUUAUGAUUUUUCUUAUUGGACUGAUCAGCUGUCAUGUAACGAUGUGGUGACGUCACCAGGUAUUUUUGGUGACUAUUGGUGUGAUUCACCAUGGUUACUUAUCAAAGACAGCAUUGAAGGCAUGAAAGGUAUCAAGUCUAAAGUGGAUUUCGUAUUAUGGACUGGGGACAAUAUAGCUCAUAUCAAGGAUGAGAAUUUAACGCUUGAAAUGAACAUUGAUUCCAUAAAUAACAUUACCAAUGAGUUGAAAAGGAACUUCCCUGGAAUUAAAGUCUAUGCCACCCUGGGUAAUCACGACUAUUUACCAAAUAACCAGUUCCCACCAACAACUAACGAAAUUUAUAACCAGAUUGGUGAUAUGUGGAAAGACUGGAUAGGAGAGACAGCACAAGUUAAUCAGUUCAAAACAUCUGCAUAUUACUCUCUGAAGACCGUGCAUGGAUUAAGAAUCCUUGGAUUAAAUACUAAUCUAUAUUAUACCUCAAAUAAAGUGACACCUAAUGUAACGGACCCUGCUGGCCAGUUUCAAUGGUUAGAUCAACAACUUGCUGCUGCCAAAACCAAUAAAGAAAAGGUUAUAAUAACAGCUCAUAUACCUCCAGGAAUUCAUACACCUGCCAAUAUUGUUUGGUUUUAUAAACAAUUCAAUGAUAAAUUUCUGGAAGUCAUAGAUAAACAUGUAGAUAGUGGUAUUAUAGUGGGAAUGUAUUAUGGACAUGAUCAUAGUGAUGGUUUUAAGGUGUACUAUAAUUCGAAAGAUGAACCGGCAUUCCCUAUUCAUUCAGCACCAUCCGUUACACCAUGGCGAUAUAAAAUACCAGAGGAGACUGGCGACCCACACAAUCCUGGUGUUAAACUAGUCAGUUAUAACAGAACAACGGGAGAACCAUUGAAUAUCAAAAUGUACUAUAUCGACCUACCAGACAGCAACUCUAAAAAUAAAACAGAAUGGAAGCUAGAGUAUGAUUUUAAUGACGUUUACAAAACUAAAGACGUAGGUGCUGCAUCCAUAGAUGAUCUGGCUAAGAGAAUGACGAAGGAUAGAUCAUUAAUACAGAUGUACUACAAGUAUAAAGAUGUGUCUGCCGGUAAUUCGGGAAAAUGUGAUACUGAUUGCGAAGAAUCUAUUCUCUGUGGAUUCAAGUAUUAUAAAAUGAGCGAACUUGAAAAUUGUAAAACCACUUUCACUAAUGCUUCUGCGAGAGUCACUUCGACUUCUCUGAUUAUUGAAUUCGUUGUAACCCUUGUGACCCUACUAAUUACACUAAGACUCAGAUAGAUGUAAAUAUCAAGGAGCAAAAGAAUGGUCAAAAAAAAAUUAUGUGUAAAUUUAUAUUUGAUAUUUUACGGGGAAAAUAUGUUCAGAAAAUUAACACAUCUCUGCUGAUUUCCGAGGUCAACCUUCCGGGCGCAUUUGGUACCCCUGAUGCUACUCUGUGAUUGGUUUGUAAUAUCAUUUAUUUUGAAUAUUCACUAUUGAAACACACUUUACGUAUUACUGUCUGUUACCAUCUAUUGUGCUCACUUUCUUGAACAUUCUGCUAAUAAGUUUGUCAACUCUGAAGUUACAGCAGAUCAUUACAUGUAUUUUUGCUUUAAAUCUGUCAACAUAUUACCUCUCUGUCUAAAUAAACAUGUCCAUACUCAGGUCAUAAACACGUCAGCAUUAAAACAUUAUUGUGGUAACGGUUAAAUUUGUCAUGGUAUUUGAUGACCUCCCUUGAAUUAUUUUCCACACUAAAUCAUCUGAUUUAUUAACAUUAUUUAGACAAUUAAACUUACAAAUGUC